AUGCCACAGCAGCCAGCAGCGGACUGGUGGCCAAUGAGAGUGGGAGGGCUCAAGCUUACUGGCCUACUAACCUUCAAACACGUUGCUACCUUUCCCAGAGUGAAUAGGGCUCUGAAAUUGAGGAUGCCCACUCUGCCAAGUGCCAACUUGAGUUUCUCUACCUUCCUGCUGACGGGCUUCCCAGGCCUGGAGUGGGCUCACCACUGGCUCUCACUGCCCAUUUUUGUAGGAUAUCUCAUAGCUCUUGUGGGCAAUGCCACUAUCUUGCAUCUGGUACGAACUGACCCUGCCCUGCACCAGCCCAUGUACUACUUCCUGGCCAUCCUGGCUGCGACAGACUUGGGCCUGUGCAUGUCCACGCUGCCCUCAGUGCUGGGUGUGCUGUGGUUCGAUGCCAGGGCAGUGGGCCUGGUGCCCUGUGUUCUGCAGCAGCACUUCCUCCACUCCUUCUCCUUCAUGGAGUCAGCGGUGCUCUUUGCUAUGUCUCUGGAUAGCCUGGUGGCCAUCCGAUUCCCAUUGCGCUAUGCAUCUCUGCUCACAGGUCCUCGGGUGGCCUUGGCUGGGGUCGUGCUUGGCAUGCGAAGUGCCGCCAUCACUGCUGCACCCUCAGUGAACCUAUUGAAAUUUGACUACUGUCACCCUGGGGCACUCUCCCAUGCUUACUGUCUUCACCAGGACAUGAUCCGCCUGGCCUGCUCUGAUACACGCUUCAACAGACUCUAUGGGCUGUGUAUCAUCAUGCUGGCCAUGGGCUCUGAUGUUCUUUUCAUCCUGCUCUCCUACGCUAUCAUCCUCCGCACGGUGCUGGCCAUUGCCUCUGCAGGGGAGCGGCUCAAGGCUCUCAACACCUGUGUCUCCCACACCCUGGCUGUGCUCUGCUUUUAUGUGCCUGUGCUAGGUCUGUCCAUUGUUCACAGAUUUGGGCACCACACUUCAUCCCUGGUGCACAUCCUCAUGGGCACUGUCUCUGUGCUCUUCCCACCUCUGAUGAACCCUGUUAUCUACAGCAUCAAGACCCAGCAGAUCCGCAGGGCCAUUCUCAAAGUGAUUUCACUGGGGAAGAUAAAAUAA